AUGUCAGUCUAUCCUAUCUCAAUCUCUUCCUUCCUUCCUAUCUAUCUAUCUAUCUAUCUAUCUAUCUAUCUAUCUAUCUAUCUAUCUAUCCGCAGUGUUUACAUUUGUAGAGUGAGUAUAUCUAUCUAUCUAUCUAUCUAUCUAUCUAUCUAUCUAUCUAUCUGGGGAGAUUAUCUGAUCUUUGCAUCGAUUAUUAUUAUUAUUAUUAUUAUUAUUAUUAUUAUUAUUCUUUUCUUUCUUUCUUUCUUUCUUUCUUUCUUUCUUUCUUUCUUUCCAGCCUUCAAUUUUACUUUAUUUUUUUCUUGUAAUUCAGUUUAUUCCCUUAGUAUUCUUUCUUUCAUUUUAACCUCCAUUUCAUUUUCUUUCUUUUUUUCUUUCUUUCUUUCUUUCUUUCUUUCUUUCUUUCUAACCUUUAUUGUUUACAUUUUCUUUUUCAUUAAUUCAGUUUAUUCCGUUUUUUCCUUUUUCAUUCUAACUUUCACUUUUUUCUUUCCUUUUUUCACUUAUUUUGUACUUUUUUUAUUCUUUUCUUUAAUUCAAUUUGUUGUUUUCCUUAUGUCUUCCUUUUCAUUUAAAAUUCAAUUCUUUUUCUAUCUACUUAUCUUUUGUGACUAUCUAUCUAUCUAUCUAUCUAUCUAUCUAUCUAUCUAUCUAUCUAUCUAUCUCAGUCUGUUCAUAUCUAUCUAUCUAUCUAUCUAUCUAUCUAUCUAUCUAUCUAUACAUACAUACAUUUCUUUCUUUUACUUGCAACUUUAUUUUAAGGUCGAUACGUAUCAGUAUCGGAUUUGGACAGAAUGGAAAUGUCGGAACCAGACAGUGCAAAUUAAAAGCGUUUCCGAAGAUAAGCGGAGCCUCCCGGCCAUCAUAUCAAACAGAGGUAAUAACUCGAACCCUCCCAUUGACGCGCCGGCUAGUCUGGGGCCCAACCUGCCAAUGUGGUGUACGCUAAGUAGCCAGACCAUCUUGCCCCACCCCAACUCGCGACGGCGUGUUUCUUCUACCGCUGCCGAUGCUGCCUCCACUGCGACGACCACCACAACCACUGCCGCCGCCGUUAUCUUGCCCGUGCCUCCACCACCGCCGCCACCAGAACCUACGCCACCCCCACACACCCCUUGUUCUGUCACUACUACGACGACCACUAACACCUCCACAACCAACAAUUUAAAUACUGCUUCCUCGUUUUCUUUCUCUCCUUCCCCUUCACCGAAAGGCCAGAGGGUGCCCCCUCAACAACUUGCCAUUAAUACCACGACCUCGGCGCCAACACACCGACGAGAGUUCGGCCGGGUUAAGGUAGACUUAACGCAAGGCAGUGUUGGCAGCUGUCCAGGAGGCGGUCGUUGGAGACGAGACUCCCCCCACGAGUCCGUCCUCAGCAGCAGCGGGACUCUGGGCUCAAAUAACUACGAGUUGCAUCUUUGGCAGCAGAAAUGUGAAGGUUCCCUUGAGAAACCUAUACGACACUGUUCUUUAGUGAAUAAUUUAGCGAUGUGA